AUGUCGUCAGAAAAGAAAGACGACGAGGUCACACAAGACACGAUUGAGGACCUCAAGGCCAUCGAGUCCUCAGAGUCCGAUAUCGACCCAGUCAAGGAGAAAAAGCUGCUAUGGAAAUGCGAUUACCACGUCGUCCCGAUCCUCAAUAUCCUCUUCAUGUUCGCCUUCCUGGAUCGCAUCAAUAUCGGCAAUGCGCGGCUGAUGGGGCUGGAAAAGGACCUGGGCAUGAGCGGCCACCAGUACAACGUCGCGCUGUUUGUCUUUUUCAUCCCGUACAUCCUGCUUGAAGUCCCGAGUAAUAUCAUGCUGAAGAAGAUGAGGCCUUCGUGGUGGCUGAGUGGGAUUAUCUUUUGCUGGGGCAUCAUCACCAUCUGUCAGGGCGUGACGUCGAGUUUUACCGGCCUGGUUGUCUGCCGUGUGCUUAUUGGGGUCUUUGAGGCGGGGUUCAUGCCGGGAUGCGUAUACCUGAUCAACAUGUACUACCGCCGCCACGAGCUCCAAUGGCGACUCAACGUCUUCUUCAGCGCUAGCAUCAUCGCCGGCGCAUUUAGUGGGCUCCUCGCCUACGGCAUCAACAAUAUGGACGGAGUCGGCGGAUACAGCGGCUGGCGGUGGAUCUUCAUCCUCGAGGGCCUGGCGACUGUGGCGCUGGCCGUUGCGUCCAAGUUCCUCAUCGCCGACUGGCCCGAAACCGCGCAGUUUCUCAACGAGGAGGAGCGCACGCUGCUCGUGCGUCGUCUGGCAAAAGACCGGGGCAACACUCGCAUGGACCGGCUGGACAAGGCCGCCGCGCGGCGCACGUUCAAAGACCCCAAGCUCUAUCUCGGCCCCCUAAUGUACUUUGGCAUCGUCAACACCGGCUACGCCGUGUCCUUCUUCACGCCCACCAUCCUGCACCAGCUCGGCUACACCGCCGUCCGCGCCCAGGUCAUGAGCAUCCCCGUGUACAUCGUCGCGACGGUAGUCUCGCUGACGGCGGCGUUCCUCAGCGACCGCCUCCGCCAUCGGUACCUCUUCACGCUGGCGGGCUGUCUCGUCGCGACGGUCGGAUACGUGGUUUUGCUGUGCCAGGCGUCUGUGCCGGUGGGCGCGCGCUACUUUGCCAUCUUCGCCAUCACCAGCGGCGGAUAUCUGACGCAGCCGAUCCUGAUGGGCUGGCUGAGCAACAACAUGGGCGGGCACUACAAGCAGUCGAUUGCGUCGGCGUUUCAGAUCGGGUUCGGGAACUGCGGCGGGCUGGUUGCGAGUAACAUCUUCUAUGACUCGGAGGCGCCUGGCUAUCCCACGGGCUAUGGGGUUAGUCUGGGGAUGGUGUGGAUUUGCGGGGCGGCAUGUUUCUUGUUUUUGGUGUAUGUGGUGCGUGAGAAUCGCUUGCGCGCGAAGGGGAAGAGAGAUCAUCGGCUGGAGCUGCCGGCUGAGGAGAGGGAUAAUCUGGGUGAUGAUCAUCCGAGUUUCAGGUUUACGUACUAG